GGAGAAAAAAAAACCGGCAUCACUCUUGUAGUCUUGUGGCCCCUACUAGCUAACGGUAACAGUGACGGGGGGCGCGAGUUCAGGAAGAAGAGCGAGUCAGCGAGAGGCAAUUCCGCUGCCGCAAUUCAACACGCGAGGCUAAAAACAAUUCGAAACCCCCGACCUACGCCGAGUCGCCGAGAAAACAACAGUGCUCCGGCGCUUAGAGAAGAGCGAAAGGCGAGCGCGCAGCACAGCACGGCUCCCGUGGGCCGUGGCGGAGGCAAAAACCCCGACCCGCAUUACCCCGAAACCCUCCGAUUCGGCCCGGGGCGAGCUCGAAUCCGUGCAACCUCGCCGCCGCCGGGCUCGAUCUGAGCCAGGGCUACCGCGCGCCGGCGAGGAAUGAGGAGCGUGAACGGCGAGGUCGAGGGGACCCACGACCACGAAGCUAAUCGGCGUGGUCAGCUGAUCGAAUGGAUGAACGCCUUACUCCCGGAAUUCAGUUUGCCUCCGGAUUCAUCGGAUGAAGAGCUACGAGAGCUGCUCAGUGACGGCGUGGUCCUGUGCCGUGUUGCGAACACACUCAUCCCGGGGGUUCUUGAGGCAAGUCCUUUUUUUUCUUGGACAAUGUGUAUAUGUGUGUCAGUGUGUGUGUGACGGCGUGGUCCUGUGCCGUGUUGCGAACACACUCAUCUCGGGGGUUCUUGAGGGAUCCUGGGACGGUUAUGCACCGUCGGAUCAACGGUUGGGCAAUCUGAACAAAUUCCUCUCAGUGAUUGCUGAUAUGGGGCUGCCAGGUUUCAGUGUGAAAGAUCUUGAUGAGGGAUCAAUGUCUCCUGUAGUGGAAUGUCUCUUGGUUUUGAGAGACAGUGUGGAUCCUAGAUUAGGUGACGAUAUUCCACCAGAUGUUACCAGAACUCCUUUGAGAAAACAAUGGGGAGUUCCGGAAAUGGACAAGCCUCAAGUUCAUGGUGCAGCACUAGGGAAAAGAUCCCCUGCAGAGGACAAGAGAAAUGGCGUUGCAGAUCCCAAAGCCCAUCAGAAAACUUCUGUCUUUUCUGGACAAAAGUUUUGUGAUGUUUUCCAAUUAAAACACGGAUCAUAUUCUGGACCUGCUGCUGCCAAGAUUUCAGAGAUGAUGCACUCUAAUAGCUUAGAUAAUGCACCAACACAGUCACUUAUUAGUGUUGUCAAUGGCAUUUUGGAUGAAAGCAUAGAAAGGAAAAAGGGAGAAAUACCACAUCGUGUAGUUUACUUACUGCGGAAAGUCGUUCAAGAGAUUGAGCGCCGUCUCUAUAUUCAAGCAGAACACAUAAGAAGUCAAAAUGUUAUCAUGAAGAGAAGAGAACAGAAGUACUGUUCAAAAAUUAAAGUACUUGAAAUGUUGGUAAAUGGCACAAAUGAAGAAAACCAGAUGGCAAUAAACAGGCUUCAGAUAGUCAAGAAUGAGAAGUCAAAAAUCGAAGAGAGGAGAAAACUUAGUGAGCAAGAUGUUCAUCGAUUGAUGAGAGAGAAAGAACAUUCUGAAAACAUCAUAGCAAACCUAAAGAAAGAUAUAGAAGCCAUGAAUAGAUUGCAUGAACAGCAACUUGAGCAAACUGAAAGAAAGGCAAAGGAAAUGGAGGAGCAACUAACCACCAAAGUAAAAGAAGUAGAGUAUCUCUUGCUACAAUCGAAGAAGAAAGUUGAAGAAGUUGAGACUGCUUCCAGGCUAAAAUCACAGUUAUGGGAUAAGAAAGAGGACAAUUUUCAGAGUCACAUGGAUAAUCAACAACUAAUUAUCAAGGACAUAAGAAUAUUGUCGCGAUCAUGUGAAAAUGAUAUGUAUGCACUUCAAAUGCAGUGGAGAAAUGAGAUCUCUAACUUAGGAUCUGGGUUAAAAUGUUUGGUUGAUGCUGCUGAAAAUUAUCAUAAAGUCUUGGCGGAGAACCAAAAGUUAUUUAAUGAAGUGCAAGAACUAAAAGGUAAUAUAAGAGUAUAUUGUCGUGUGAGGCCAUUUCUUUCGGGUCAAGACAAAAAGUCUACUACAAUUGACUACAUGGGGGAAAAUGGUGAGCUUCUUAUAUCAAAUCCAUUUAAACAAGGGAAGGACGGACACAGAUUGUUCAAGUUUAAUAAAGUGUUUAGUCCAUUUGCUUCUCAAGCUGAGGUUUUUUCUGACAUACAACCACUAAUCCGAUCAGUCCUGGAUGGAUUCAACGUUUGUAUUUUUGCAUAUGGUCAGACUGGUUCUGGCAAAACUUACACCAUGAGUGGGCCUAGCACAUCGAAGCAAGAUUGGGGUGUCAAUUAUCGGGCUUUAAAUGAUUUGUUUGAUAUUUCACUAAGUAGAAGAAAUGCCUUCUCAUAUGAGGUGGGUGUACAGAUGGUUGAGAUAUACAAUGAACAAGUUCGUGAUUUGCUAUCAAAUGAUAUUGCACAGAGAAGGCUUGGGAUUUGGAGCACUUCUCAACCCAAUGGGCUUGUUGUUCCAGAUGCAAGCUUGCACUCAGUUAAGUCGACAUCUGAUGUAUUAGACUUGAUGGAAAUUGGGCAAGCAAAUAGAGCAGUUGGUUCAACAGCACUAAAUGAGCGAAGUAGUCGGUCACACAGUAUUCUAACUGUACAUGUUCGAGGGUUGGAUUUGAAGAAUGGAUCUACCUCGAGGGGUUGUUUGCAUCUUAUUGAUCUUGCUGGUAGUGAGAGGGUGGAGAAGUCUGAAGUAACUGGGGAUAGAUUAAAAGAAGCUCAAUACAUCAACAAAUCACUUUCUGCGUUAGGCGAUGUGAUUUUUGCUCUGUCACAGAAAAGUAUCCACGUGCCUUAUAGAAACAGCAAGCUAACACAAGUUCUUCAAAGUUCUUUAGGUGGACAAGCAAAAACUCUAAUGUUCGUUCAAAUAAAUCCUGAUGUUGAGUCAUAUUCAGAAACUAUAAGCACUUUAAAGUUUGCUGAAAGGGUGUCUGGAGUAGAGUUAGGUGCUGCAAGAAGCAACAAGGAGGGAAAGGAUAUAAAAGAGCUACUGGAACAGGUUGCGUCUUUGAAAGACACAAUUUCACGCAAAGAUAUGGAAAUAGAGCAGCUCCAAGUCAUCAAAGACAAAGCAAAAUCCCCAAAUUUAUUGUUAGAUAGAAAUGGGCCUGGCUUGACAAAGAUUACAGUAAACCAACCUAGCCAACUAUUAUCAGGCGAACGAAUGCUCAAGUCUAGUGACAGAGUUCUAUCAGAUCCUCCUGAUAACAGAGAUUCUAACCAUAAUUUGACGGAUACUGCUCCAGUGAGCUUAGAUGAAGCAGAAUAUGAUGGCAAUGCAUCUGAUGAUGGUUUAUCAGGUGAAGCCGAGAAUUACAAUUCAGCUGCUGAGAUGACAGCGGAACGGUUGCAUGGAAUUCCAUCAAGAAUAAGCAGAUUCACUCUCACAAAAAACGGGCAACCAUCUAUGUCUAGAUCAAAAUCAAAGGAUGCUAAGACUCCAAGUAAUGCAAAAGCUCCAUCUAGCCAGUUAACAGGAGGUUCUUCAGCCAGGGGGUCUAAAAGAUGGCAGAAGUAAAGCACGAUCAUGUUGCUCGUGUUGAUGCACAUUGUAAUUGAAAUGUGAAUUUGCUGGGUAGCUGUGUUAGAAAGUUAGGCAUUUUUAGUUUUAAUUUAAUCCAGAAAAACAGUGCGAUAUAUGUGAUGACAUGUAUGUGCAUGUGUGUAUAACUACUCGCAUAAGCAGUAAACAACAAUGAAACAUGCA